CUCUUCCUCUGCGAGAAUUCCUCCGUACCUGUCUGAACAGGGAGAGUCGGACCGCUGCGGGGCAGAGAGGAAAGGGAGAAAUGAAAAAGAAAGAAAGGGAUUCAACAGAAGGAAAGUAGGAGAGCACAAACAGGAAAGAGGUGUGUUGGAGACCAUUUGGGGAGCGGACGAGUUUAUCAAGGUCUCGAGGCUUCGCAUCGCUUUCUCUCUCUCUCCCUCCCUCUCCCUCUUUCUCUCUCUCCCCCUCCCUCUCCCUCUCCCUGCUGGGCUGUUUUUCAAUUUUCUGAGACCCGUGGCUAUUUUGGUCCGUCAGUGCCGGAGCGGUUUGGGAUGGAUGCCAUCAUGCUGCAGGAGAAACUGGUGGAGCGGCUGCUGUGCCCACGAGUGAGAACAGCCAGGCAGAAGGAGAAGCAGUAUGUGGGUUUCGCAACUCUGCCCAACCAGGUCCACAGGAAGUCAGUGAAGAAAGGCUUCGACUUUACGCUGAUGGUGGCAGGAGAGUCUGGGAUGGGCAAAUCCACUCUGGUCAACAGCCUGUUCCUCACAGACCUCUACAAAGACAGGAAGUUACUGAAUGCUGAAGAGCGCAUCAACCAAACCGUGGAGAUCAUCAAACACACUGUAGACAUCGAGGAGAAAGGGGUCAAGCUCAAGCUGACCAUCGUCGACACGCCGGGUUUCGGAGACGCCGUCAACAACAACGAGUGCUGGAAGCCGAUCACAGACUACAUAGACCAGCAGUUUGAGCAGUAUUUCAGGGAUGAGAGCGGGCUGAACAGAAAGAACAUCCAGGACAACCGAGUCCAUUGCUGCCUCUACUUCAUCCCUCCAUUUGGGCACGGUUGCAUGAAGGCUCUGCACGAAAAGGUGAACAUAAUUCCGCUGAUCGCGAAAGCCGACUGCCUCACUCCCAACGAGAUCAAAAAGCUCAAAGACAGAAUACGAGAGGAAAUAGACAAGUUUGGGAUCAAAGUCUACCAGUUCCCCGAAUGUGACUCUGAUGAGGAUGAAGAGUUCAAACAGCUCGACAAAGAGCUGAAGGAGUGCACCCCGUUCGCCGUGAUCGGCAGUAACACAGUGGUGGAGGCUCGAGGGCAGCGAGUGAGAGGGAGACUGUACCCCUGGGGCAUCGUUGAAGUGGAGAACCAGUCGCACUGCGACUUUGUGAAAUUGAGGAACAUGCUGAUUCGUUCACACAUGCACGACCUCAAAGACGUGACCUGCGACGUCCACUACGAGAACUACAGAGCGCAGUGCAUCCAGGAGAUGACCAGUAAACUGACUCAGGACAACCGUAUGGAGAGUCCCAUCCCCAUCCUGUCCACUCCAGAUGUGGAGACUGAGAAACUAAUCAAAAUGAAAGAUGAAGAGCUGAAGAGGAUGCAGGAGAUGCUGAAUAAGAUGCAGCAGCAGAUGCACGACAAGGACCAGUGAUCGUCCCCGGGAGCAGGGCUGGUCUGCAGCGCCACCUGCUGCUUCCCCCCAGAACGACAGUGAGACCUUCAGACAACAUGGGGGUCGCCUGUUUAGUGGCAACUGUGGCUGUCCAUUAAUCCUCAGUUUGGUGCUUCAUAUCGUUUGUCUGCCUGGACGGUUGUUUGUGGGAGCCGGUUUUUAGUUUUUUGGCCUUUAAAACCUUUGAAUCCAGUUUGCCCACUUUGAGUCCCUCGCUGGGGUUUAACAGUCUUAACAUAUAUAAUAUAAAUGCGUAAUUUAAAUUACUACUCAGUGUAUCUAAUUUAUAAAUGCAAUGCUAAACCUUUUUUUGGAUAUUUUGUCAGGGUAUCAGAUGUUUUGUAAAGAGAUUUAGGUUGUUGUGUGAUGUUAAGAUUUGAUGGAUAUUGUUUUGUUUUUAUUAUAUGUUUGUGAGUGAAUGUGAAUGUGUGUGUGUUUGUAUUUCAUGACAUUUCCUCUAAGGUAUCCGUCCAUAAAACUCCCUUUUAUCGACAGCGACUUUACUUUUAGUUGUUUAGUUUGAAGCCAACUUUUGCUCUUGAUCCUCACAAUUAAUUUGUCAAGUCAAAAUAAUCUCUCCCGGCAUUUUUAUAUAUGUGUGUGUGUGCUGGCUGAGCUGAAAAUGCACUUAUUGCCAGUGGCUAACUGUGAAUGGAGAGCCUUUGACAUCUUGAGAGGGUCGCAGCAGUGCAUGCUGAGCUCACUCAUAUCCGCUAAAUGCUGUGGGCCUAUUUUUUACUGCUUCAUAACCGAGGCCCUGCGCUCCUGCUCAAAUGCAACAUGACCUCCAGUUUGCUUUGUUGCCACUGCGGUAAAAAUAUAUGAACAAUGAGGAGUGAAUACUGUGUCCAUGUUUUUAUUGGAAGUGAGUCUCUGCAUUAUGCUAGUGAAGAUGUGUGCGUGUGUGCGUGCGUGUGUGUGUGUGUGUGUGCGCGCUGAUACUGAGGAACAGUACAUAUUUUGCCUGAAGGCUGUGAGCUCAGCCCCGUUUAUAAAAGUGUGACCAAUAAAACUCGUUUUCUCGUCA